AGACUCAGCUACAAAAUUAAAAAAAAAAACCGUUAUUUUUUAUAUAUAAAUACUUAGGUUCAUAACGAAAUAUAUACAUGUAUUUUCAUAAAUAAAGCAAAAUUAAUAUGUAAUUUUUGUAUUCAACUAUUGGCCUUGGCAUAGAGGAAUUUUCCGUUAAUUGAGGUAAGSGAAAGGGGUGAUCUGUUACUUUUCGUAGGACAACGCCGUGUUAAUUUUUAUUGGUCGGAGUAAGCGAUACAAUCAUGCUGCAUCAUUUACUUUGCUCGCUUACCAAUGUCUACCAUAUCCCGCUGGGAAGUUAUACAAAGUUUUCAAAGCGGUUAUGAAUAAAUUUUUGAGAGUAUGUACAUGCAGAGCAAUGUCAUAAAUUUUCGAUGGGGACGUCAAGUGGCUUCGAAUAGACAUCGAAGUGGUCAAAAUGCGAAACAUGUUUAGCAACCGCAUAUCCAAAGAUUGUUCGAGCUCAUCUUAACAUUAUUAUUUAUCWAUCAAUUAAUUCUGAUCUUUGAAUCGGACUCUGUCACUUGACGGCGGAAAUCAACAAUCGAUACAUAUACUAUACAUACAAAUUUAUGCUAAUUUGCGCAAAAUCAUACAAACAAAAAUGAACAGCAUACCCCACAAGACAGCUAUACGAAGCUAAUAAUAUUUACUUUAAACUAGACAAUUGCCAAGAAAACCCGAAUUUUCAUUUGCCAAAGGUGUUUUUACCAAACACAAAUUGUGAAAUAACAUCGCGAUUUCAUAACUUUCAUCAAUGACGUAAAAUAAAUACACUACGUAGAAUUUAAUAAAUGCCACUAAACUAGUUUUACACGCUACGCGCAACUAGUAACUAUACUACAUAAUAUAUCUACAUAACUAACUAUACACUAGCUCUUGUAGCUUCUCAAUCAGUCAUGCGGAAUUUUCGGGUUUUCAUACUAUACAUAUUCCAGCAAUAUCUAGCAAAGAGUCAGUAACAGCCCGCCAGUCACUCACACGUUCAGUGCGCCAAGCACAUUGCUUUUUGGUUGGCUGCUCGUUCAUUCGUUCGGCAACGACAAGUGUGCCCACUACUCUUCAAGAAUGAGGAAAUCUGCUAGGCACCGGAUUGCAGCCUUUGGUAUGCGCCGCAGACAAAGCUCUUUACAUUCAAAUGCACACAUACAAUAUAAUACAAAUACUACUAUAUUCAGCCGUUGUAAACAUAUGUAGUAAGUGUGUAAUCCCUGCUGCUGGUUUAUCCAUAAUUUCUCCGUAUCUUUUAUUAAUUCAGUUCCAUUUGAGUUUUCGCUUUGCGCGGUUUGGUAUUCCUGCUUCACACUGUUCAUAGAAUAUGAACGAACAUACAUACAUAGUAUAUACUUAGCACACAACUGAUGCGUAAACAUUCAGCUGGAGAAUAACAAAGUAAAGAUUUAAGAAAAAAAUAACAAACUACAACAACACUACCACCACUAGUACAUAUGUAUAUUAUAAACUCAAAUCUACUGAAACAUUUCUUAACCAAUUUUUACUAAAACCUAUAGUAUUUUUUAUUACGACUACUAUAAAUAUAGAAACUUUACACAUACGUCGAAUGGCCACAGGCGUAUAAUACAACAACAUUCCGCAAUACUGCAAGGCAAUUCAAAAUCCUACAAAUCAAUAUACACUAUUGAAAGUACAAAAAUUCCAUUGUAAACAUUCAAACAUAAUAAUAAAUAAAUAAAAAUAAAAAAAUAAAAUCAUAAAUAAAACGUCAAAAACAUGACGGAAACUGAUGCAUUUAAUAAUGAUGAGAAAUCGAAAAGAAGUCGGCGGCACAAUAGUCGUCGACACAGCACCAGCAGCAGCGUUAGCAGCGGCAAAGGUGGUAGACGGCAUCGCGCACGUAAGAGUUGCUCAAUCGGCGCAUUCAUUAGUCAACUACUCUUCAAUUUUAUUAGCAAAAUCAUACGUCUCAUAUUCCAACUGAUCUAUGGUGUAAAAGGUGAAACUAUGCCUGCCAUUGCUGAUCCCGUUUUGCUCGAAUCCGCCACAUCGCUAGCGCGUAAGAUACGCAAACAGGAGUUGUCAAGCGUGCAGGUAAUGGAAUCAUUUAUACGCCGCAUUAAAGAUGUAAAUCCGAAGCUCAAUUUCUGUGUGGACAAUCGAUUUGAUGAGGCGCUGAAAGAGGCUGCCGAAGCUGAUGAACUCAUCAAAUCCGCCAAAUACACCGAGGAGGAAUUAGAGAAGACAAAACCAUAUUUGGGCGUGCCAAUAUCAACUAAGGACUGCAUUGCGGUGAAAGGUCUUCUGCACACUGCCGGUCUGUAUGCACGUAGAGAUGUGCGCGCCACUGAAGACGCCACUGCCAUGUCAUUGAUGCGACAGGCAGGUGCUAUACCCUUCGCGAUCACAAACAUCUCGGAGGUUUGCAUGUGGUGGGAGAGCAACAAUGUCGUGCACGGACGCACGCGCAAUGCAUACGACUCAAAUCGCAUUGUCGGUGGUUCAAGCGGCGGCGAAGGUUGCAUACAAUCGGCGGCCGCUUCACCCUUUGGUCUAGGUUCCGACAUAGGCGGCUCUAUACGCAUGCCAGCAUUCUUCAAUGGUGUGUUCGGUCAUAAACCCAGCAAAUUAAUCGUUUCCAAUAAGGGUCAAUUUCCAAUGCCAUUCACCGAUGAGCAAAACUCGUUUUUAGGUAUUGGACCUAUGUCACGUUUUGCUGAGGACCUAAAGCCCAUGCUGCGCAUUAUUGCUGGCGAAAAGGCCAAGGAAUUGCGUUUAGACGAGCCAGUCGAUUUGCAAAAGGUGCGUUUCUUCUAUCAGGAGAGCGAUGGUGGCGGUCGCUUGGUUUCCCCUGUGGACGCCGAUCUUUUGGCUGGCAUGCAACGUGCCGUACAACAUUUGCGACAGAAAUUGAAGCCUGUUUCGGUGGAAAAGGUACAAUUGGAACAAUUUCGUCAGUCGACUAUAAUUUGGUUUGCCAAUAUGAAGGAUGAUUCAGGCUAUACAUUCGCACAUCAACUGGGUGAUCUCAAAGUCGCUAUAAAUCCCUAUUUGGAGCUGAUAAAAUGGGUAUUCGGCGCUUCCAAGCAUACAUUUAUUGGUUUGAUAACCGCAAUUAUGGAUAGAACGCAAGUGCAAUAUGGUUCGAGCAAAUACAAGCAUAUGGUCAAGAAGCGUGAUGAAUUGCGUGCCGAAAUGCAAGAGCUACUUGGCGAAGAUGGUGUUCUUCUCUAUCCUACACAUCCCACCGUUGCACCAUACCACAAUGAACCCAUCUUCCGACCCAUAAACUUUUCCUAUACAGGCAUUGUAAAUGUAUUGGGUUUCCCCGCCACUGCCGUGCCUCUGGGGCAACUCGGUAGCGAAGGUGUGCCUUUGGGCUUACAGGUGAUUGCCAAUUUCAAUAACGAUAGGCUGUGUCUGGCAGUUGCCGAAGAAUUGGAACGCGGUUUCGGUGGUUGGGCGCGUCCCGAAGUGAAAGUUUAGUAGUAGUUCUAAGCUUGCCGAUGUCACAAGAUUAGUUAAUAUCUAAUUACAUAAUUGUUAUACUAUCUAUAUUACAUAUGUGCAUGUAAAGUUCUUAAAGUGAGGUUUUGUUUUAAUAUAUGGGUAGAUAUUUGGAACAACGCAGGCAUACAGUUAUGCAUACGUACAUAUGUUAUGAAAAGAAAUUAUAUUUUUUAUGCAGAUAUAAUUAAAUUUAUGCACGCCAAUUUAUAUGUAUUUACGUGUACGUGGGCAUGUCGAAUUGUCUUUGAUAUACAACUUAUAUUAUAUACGACUACAUGAGUAAGAUGUAAUUUAAUGAAUACAUAUGUAUGUAUAUACAAGUAACUUUACAUCCAUAUAUACUACAAGUAACUGUUAAGCAUUUAAAUGCGUUAAAUAGACUAACAUGUUGGUAUUACAAUAAGUUACCAGUAAACUGUAUUUAAUUAUAUACAUACGUGAAUUUGUUUGUAUUAAAGUAAAUAUUUUUAUAAAAUAAAAUAUGUAUACGUA